AUGCGAAGAGUCUCCCUAGUCAGUUUAAUCUUUGCUACAUAUUGCCAAUUCGCCGCAGCUGGCGGAGGUGGUGGAGGCUAUGGCGGUGGCAGUGGUGGUAGCUACGCCGGCGGUGGUGGUGGAGGUUAUAGCGGCGGUGGCGGCGGCGGCGGUUAUGGAGGCGGAGGAGGUGGCGGAAGCGGCGGCGGUGGUGGAGGAUAUGCCACUGCACCAAUGCCUAUGCCAGCACCAAUGCCCAUGCCGGCACCAAUGCCUAUGCCAGCGCCUAUGCCACCCUCAGGAGGAUAUGCCAGUGGCGGAGGCGGCGGCGGUGGCAUGGGAGGAGGAGGAAUGGGUGGCGGAAGCUAUGCGGGUGGUGGCGGCAGCUACGGUGGAAGCGGAGGAAACAUGGGAGGUGGCGGCAUGGGAGGAGGCAGUUAUGCUGGCAGCACUGGAGGAGGAUCUCAACCUCCCCCUCCACCCCCACCACCACCUCCACCACCACCAUCAGGCGGUUACAGCACCGGAGGCGGCAGCUACGGUGGAAGUGGCGGAAGCACCGGAGGCGGAAGCACGGGAGGAGGAAGCAUGGGAGGUGGAAGCUACGGAGGAAGCAGUGGUGGUGUGGGAGGAGGCAGCAUGGGAGGAGGCAGUUAUGCUGGUAGCACUGGAGGAGGAUCUCAACCUCCUCCACCCCCACCACCACCUCCACCACCAUCAUCAGGUGGUUACAGCACCGGAGGAGGCAGUUACGGCGGAAGUGGCGGAAGCGGAGGAGGAAGCAUGGGAGGCGGCGGCAUGGGUGGCGGUAGCUAUGGAGGCGGUUCUCAGCCUUCCGGAGGAUACUCACAGGGCUCAGCGCCAAUGCCACAAGCACCACCUGCUCCUGGACCCGCGCCAGUGCCGCAACCAAUGCCACCACCACCCCCACCAAGUGGAGGAGGAUACUCUGGCCCCUCUCCUCCAUCUGGUGGUGGAUAUUCGCAGUCUGGCGGUGGUUACCAGCAAAGAUAUUUGAUGCGCAAUCGGGUUGUUCUCAGGAAAAUGACAGCAAAAGUUUGA